AAACACGUAAAGGGAAAAAAACGUUCCGUUGGUUUAGGAAGUGUGGCAAUAAACGUCAGACUUGUUUGGUUUGCCUCCGGAGGAUAAUAGUGAAGGGACCGGCUCGAUUUAUGGAGUUACGAAGAACAAUUUUGUUGUGAGAGUUUCUGUCCGAGGCUUUUUGAGCAAAAUGGGGAACUUCAGGGGAUUUUUGAGCACAACACUGGUGCUCGUUGUGUUCGAGUUGUGUGUGGUGUUUGGUGAUAUAACGGACGGAAACACGGAACACCUGAAGAGAGAGCACUCGUUAAUGAAGCCUUACCAAGGUGUUGGCAACAGCCCCAGUAGUCAGUGGGACUUCUGGGGAAGCACGUUGGUGACGACCUCAUAUGUCCGACUCACUCCGGAUGAGAGAAGCAAGCAGGGAUCCAUCUGGAACACUGUGCCGUGUUACCUGAAGGACUGGGAGAUGCAUGUGCAGUUUAAAGUACAUGGGUCAGGAAAAAAGAAUCUUCAUGGCGAUGGCAUCGCCAUUUGGUACACAAAGGACCGACUGCAUCCAGGCCCUGUGUUUGGAAACCAAGAUCAGUUUCUUGGCCUGGCUAUUUUUGUGGAUACCUUCCGCAAUGACCUCCAUGGAAUGGAUCGUUCCUUCCCGUUCAUUUCAGCCAUGGUUAAUAACGGCUCUGUGAAUUACGACCACGGCAAAGAUGGCCGAUCAUCUGAGCUUGGAGGCUGCUCGGCUGAGAUCAGGAACAGAGAGCACGACACGUACCUCGCCGUUCGCUACUCCAAAGGAAGACUCACUGUGAUGGUUGAUGUGGAGGACAAGAAUGAAUGGAAGGAGUGCAUCGACAUCGGAGGAGUUCGUCUUCCUACUGGAUAUUUCUUUGGUGCCUCAGCAGCUACAGGAGAUCUGUCUGAUAACCAUGACAUCAUCUCUAUGAAGCUCUACCAGCUGAUGGUAGAACACACCCCUGAGGAGGAGAACCUGGACUGGACCAAGAUUGAGCCCAGCGUCAGCCUCCUCAAGUCCCCUAAAGACAACAUUGACGAUCCCACCGGAAACUUCCGAGGCACGCCCCUCACCGGCUGGAAGGUCUUCCUGCUUCUGCUGUGUGCUCUGCUGGGAAUCGUAGUGUGUGCUGUGGUGGGAGCUGUAGUUUUCCAGAAGAGACAGGAGAGGAACAAGAGGUUUUACUGAGGAUGGAGAAGACAUAAGAACCUUAUCAGAGAGGUGUUUGUUGUGGAAUGAACUGUUUCCAGAUGACAGAUUGAGCACAUUUAAUGUGAAUUUUUUUCUAAAGAUUGUACAAAUGUUUAUAUCUUUGAAGCACUGCGUUUGGAGUGAAUUACAGUCAUUUAUGAUGUUGGCAAGAAGGUUCAAAACGAGUGGCCCUGAUCAAUGCUGUUUUUGUUUUAAUGUGUUUAUUAAUUGCAGGGUUAGAAUAGACAUGCUGUCCCUUACAAACUAUUGUGUUUCAAAUUCUUAACAGAUUGUGUAAACACUCGCCUAUCGGUGUCUCUGCUGCAGAUGUGAUGCUACAAAAAUGGUGAACUUUGAAACGCGAUGGGUAUUUAGAUUUUCGUCUUCCAGGCUGUUACCCAAUUAUUUAUUGGCUAAAGAAAGAAGCUCCACACAGAACGUCAGAUUAAACCUUAUGAAGUACUUAUGGCAACCGCAGGAGCCUUCCACAUAAACAACCAUCAGUCUGUGUUUUAACCCAUGCAAAGAGUGUAGAGUUGAUUUCACUUCCUGUGUUGCUGUCGCUUUCAUUCUGACAUAAACAAAAUACCAUAUUGCUUGUUAGCAAUUUUAAAAAUUAUUUGAAAUGAAUUAAAAUUAAGUUGCAACAUGCUUUCCACAUAUAUAUUAAAUAUGACAGCAGGCAGUAGCUAUCUAAGAGGAUAAAUUAUGAAAAGAUAUUGUCAAAAACCUCUGUAUGCAUACAUAUACAAUAUAUCUGUUUUAUUUUGAAUUUGCAACAUAAGUACAGCACAGAAAAACCACCUGAGUUACAGCUCAGCAUCAAAGAUCCCCUGUCAAUACUAAGAUGCCUUUUGUCUUAUGUUUUUUUGUUGAAUCUCAUAGAAAACAGAAAAAUUUCACAUUUGUGAAGCUGAAUCCAGAUAGUUAUUGCAAACUUUUUGUUUUGUUAAUGAUGAAAUUGUUAAAGUAGUUUUCAUGUACUUUUAUGAGAUGAGAAAUCAACAUCCAGUGAUAAAGAGAAGAGGUUUAUCACACAAAUGCCAUUAUAUACAUAAUGAACAUGGCUGUUUGUCAUCAUUGACUGACUAAAUUGAUCAUGAAACCAGAUGGUUUGAGAUCUCGGGGCUGACCACAUUUGUUAAACCCCUAAGACGUGGCUGAAUAGUGAAUCACAACUGUUCUAUAUCAGGGAGUAGCAAACCUGCAUUGAUCUGAAAAUGUUACAAUUGUCACUUCAAGCAUUGUCCUAUAACGGACAGUGGUGUGACUGCACAAACUGUAACAUUUUGCCUUCUGUAAUUUCACCGCUUGAAGUCGGGAAUAAUGUCUUGUGAAGCACUUACUAUUUACCACAACGUCUCCCUGAUGUAUUACAGCAGGAUGAAGCCACUCGGAAAAGUUCAGUGCACAAGUGGAUGGAACUUGAAAAACUGAACAACCUCAAACCUUAAAACUGAAAUAUUUUAUGCUUCUUUUUCUUUUCCCUGCAGGGUCAUUUCAGCUGUCUUUCUCCGUUUGAUCCAGAAUAUGCCUUUGUUUCUUUCCCAAGUCUUUUUUUUUUUUGGUUAGUAAUGCUAAGUUGUGACAGAAAAACUUCAGUAUACUGAACAUUAGAAUUAUUAGCUGCUACAUAAAAUAAGUGAUUAAUGAAGAUUCAGACAGACAGUGCUAACUAUAAAGCUUACAGAACCGGACUUUCAAAACGUUGACACUCUCAAUAUCAUGUUUGGUUUGUUGGUUUUCUUCCAGGUUCUAUUUCCAUGAUGUCCCUGUUUGGUUCUGUUCUGUCUUUUCAUUGUUGAACAGCAUUUAACAGAAUUACUUUUUCUCUUAUCACUUAUCCCAUGUUCCUUUAACUCUUCUGUAUCUGUUUCUGCUUCAUCAGUUGGUUUUUGUGAUGAGACUUGAAACAGCUUCUCUCAUCUGAAAUAAUGAAUUAAAAUGAAAAAAACAACA